AUGGGGUUGAAUCGUGAGCAUUUUCGCGCGAGUGUUUUCUACAACUUUCGACGUGGACUAACUCAACAGCAAUGCAUGGAUGAACUUAGUUCAACUUUUGGUGAUGAAGCUCCAUCCACGGCUAGUGUUUAUCGAUGGUACAGUGAGUUCACCCGAGGUCGUAGUUCACUCGAAGACGAAUUUCGUGGAGGUCGUCCAAAAUCAGUUGUUGUUCCGGAAACCGGUGAUACUGUGCACAAACUAAUACUGCAAGAACGUCAUGUGACCUAUCGUGAGAUUGGAACAACCUAA